AUGGGGCGACCCGACGGUUUCUUCAAGAAGCUAAAGGCGAAGGAGAAGCGCGCCUCCUCGCGCAAGCAGCGCGGCACCAGGGGUGCCUCCAAGGAAGACAGGCGUCGCAAGCACAAUGAGCGGGUGGAGCUGUACGCGGCGAAGCGUGAGGCGGAGCAGCUCGCGGCGGUGAGUAGCUCCAGCGACGACGAACCGUCGACGGACUCGGAUGCGGAAGAGUACCGCCACACAAAGUCGUUGCGGAAGCUUCAGAGGCUGCUGGGGGUGACGCCAUCCUCUGGCCCUCAAGCCACAUCACACAAGCGUGCCCGCCGGCAGCCCACAUCCGCGUCACGCCUCCGUGCCAGUGACGACGAUGAGGAUGAGAAGAUGGCAGAUCCAUGGAACAGCAGUGGCGAUGACGACGCUGACGACGCAAACGCGAGGGAAUCGCCCUCAGCUGACGGCAAGAGAAAUCGUCGCCCACCUCUGCAGCGGCGUCGCACCCGGCAUGAGCCGGAUCAAGCGAAGGCGAGCUCCACGUUCGCCAACGACGACGAUCUGGACGGCGAAGACUGGCGAUUAUACUUGGGUGGCGCUAGUGACAGCGACGACGACAAUGAGAGUGCGGAGGGCGGUCUCGAGGUGGACGGAGAAGCGACGGAGCUUGAGGAAGAGACGGACGACGCUGACAACGUCGUUGACAAAGACCUUCUCAUGGACAUCGACGACGCCGACGAUGGUGACAGCAACCAUGGUAGCGAUGAUGACGAGGGAAGCGAAGACGACGACAAUCCGCUCUUUGAGCUGGAGCAAGGUGAUGGCGAUGCUGAAGAAGCGGGCGACGAUGAUGAUGAUGGGGCAGAUCUCUUCGAUGAUGUGAUGAUGUACGACGACGAGGCGGAGGACGACGAGGACGAAGAGCGGGAGGACACCUUUGUCGAAGACGACGACAACGACGCGGCGGAGGGAAAAGUUCGGGAGAGGGACGCACAAAGGCGUCUUCUGCUGGAACGUUUCGAGCUCAGCACAAGCAGCGUCUCUGUUCUGCAGCGGUGCGGCAUUGUUGGUGUGGCCAACGACACAAAGGGCAGUAUCAGCAACACCGUUGUGUUGACAGAGAAGGAUGAGUGGAUGCGCAAGUACCACCUCGAUUUACACGGCACGCUUGAUAAGACGCCGCUGAAGCCACUGCCGGUUCCACAUGCAGCGUUGGAGCUGCUGGCCGAAUCGAACAAGCUUCUUCAGGUGCGCGCGGCUGAACGGCUGGAGUCGACUUUAGAUAAGAAGGAGCUGGGCAUCUUCUUCGCUUCCCCGGAGGAGUGCGCCGCAGUGCACCCCGAGAACGUCGCAGUGCUCGCCACGGCGCAUGCUCAGCAACACCUGCUGCACGCGCCGUUUGACGUGAAGCGGUCUGCUGCUUCGUUGCCGCCGCCGUCAACACCUCAGGUAGCAGAGCCAUGGACGGAGUGCCCACCGUACCUUCACCCUGUUUUGUGGGAGAAGUGGACGGCGUUCCGUGCACACCGAAACCUGCCGACGUUCACCGCGGAGGAGCGUGGCCUGCUGGAUCUUCUUCAAGGUUACGCGGACCUGCUGGACACACUGCACUGCUGGCAGAACAGCGCGUCGCGGCGAGAGAUUUUUGUAUUGCACCUCCUCAACCACUGGUUUAAGGCCCGAUCUGUCGUGCUGGCGCAUGAUGCGCUGCUGGCAGAACAGCGAGAGAAGCAGCGGCGUCGCCGUCGUGAACAGCAGAAGAGGCGAAACGGAAACGGCGGAGCCACGCUGGGCCGUGACGCUUUCGUUGCCGAUGCCGAGUGGCCUGCAGAGCGGAGCUCCCCGGGCAGACAGGGCCGGCAGAGCAAGAGCAAGGGUAAGGCCGCUGCAAGCCAGCAAAGCAAGCCGAAGAAAGUGGCGAAGGCCGAUGAAACCAGCAGUGAGGCCGACAGCGAGCCGCAAGCCGACUAUCUGGACGUCGAUGAGCAGGAGCUCGAGCUGCGCGACCGUGGCUUCAGCAAAACACGUUUGUGUGUGUUUUGCCCGCUGCGCAACCACGCCUAUAAGUUCGUCUACUCACUGGUGUCCAUCCUGCAAGCUGACCCGUCCAAGUGCCCUAAGCUAGCGAUGUUCGAGCAGGACUUUACAGAGAUCGAGGAGGCCGUCGACCCGACCUUCAAGCGGCGGCCGCGCGAUUACCAGCGCGCCUUCGAGGGCAACAUCGACGACUCUUUCUGCGUGGGGUUGCGGCUGGAGCCAGAGCUGGUGCACGUCUACUCGCACCCCCUCAACAGCGACGUACUCCUGUGCUCUCCACUUGGCCUGCGCCGCCGCAUCGAGAAGAACGGCGACGUUCUCGUGUCGCUCUCUUCCAUCGAGGUGUGCCUGCUCGAGGAUACGCAGAUGCUCUUCCAGCAGAACUGGAUGCACGUCACGGCGGUGUUGGAGCUACUCAACAAACGCCCAACCGACACCACGCACGGUCUCUCUGAUCUGCGCCGCGUCUACGCGUGGGCGCUGGAGGGCAAGAGCGGCCGCCACCGCCAGACGAUCAUGUCGACGGAUGUGUGCAACGCGACGAUGCUGUCCACAUUCCGUACAGCAUCUGUGAACAACUCCGGCAAAAUUGUGCUGCAGCGUCGCGCCGACCCCGGCGUGCUGUCACGUGUGCUGGUCCCGGUGCGGCAGCACUUCAUCCGCUUCGACCCAAGCUCGCUGGCCACCGUUGACGAUGACCGCUUCGAGUUCUUCACAAAGCAGGUGUACGAAGCCAAGAUCAACGCCAUGGCCGAGCGUGACGUCCGCAUCAUCGUUUUCGUGCCCUCGUACUUCGACUUUGUGCGCAUGCGCAACUACCUCCACCGUGAGUACCGCGAGAGCUACGUGGCGCUGUGCGAGUACACCUCGCUAAAGCAGCAGCGCAAGGCUCUUGGUCAGUUCUCCGACCUUGAGCGCCCGGUGCUGCUCGUGACGGAGCGUUUUUACUACUUCAAGCGCUACUUCGUCAAGCUGGCGGAGGCGCUCAUCUUCUAUAGCCCACCAAUGUUCCCCGAGUACUACGCAUCCCUCACGAACAGGCUCGUGGCGACGUCGCCGAACGCCUUCACAAUGACACUCUACUGCCGCUACGACACCCAUGAGCUGAACCGCUUGGUAGGCACGUCGCGCAUGUUGCAGCUGCUCGAGCGCGACUCCGGCGUCUUUUCCUUCGUCACCUCGUAG